CUUCACCACUUCUCAGCACCUCUCGCGGUGGCAUCCAGCACACUUCAGAAUGCAGGGCACUCGACAUGGCGACGCAGUUCCUUUUCGUCGACCAAGGAGCACAACAUGACCGCAUCGCGAAGCGGCAGAUACGCCAGCAUGUGAUGAAAGGCAAGAAUGCAGGACGAAAGAUCAAGCGACCCUCACGCCUGGACAUUGUGUCCCAUGGGAAAGAGCAAAAACAGUGGUACCCCGGUGCGGCAGAUGAGACCUUCAGCAUAGCCUUCCAGCUGGUCGGCCUGCCCGUGGAAGUCUCGCCUCAGUCUCUGCGUGUGAUCCAUGAAUUCUUUCACUUCACCACCGAGCGCAUGUAUCCCAUGCAGCUCGGCCUCUCCCUCGACGACAGCAAGCGCAUGUGGCUCAAGCUGUUCUUUGCCGAUACAGAAACGUUCGAAUGCAACUUGGCCAUGAUGCAGGCUGCCAAUGAGACCUACCUCGGUCGCGGCGAAACCUCCCCCAGAGCCCUGACAAACCUGGCCAAGACAUUUGCGCGCGUCCAGCAGCGCAUCCUCAGCCCGGACGCGCUGGCCGACUCGACCGUGACCAUUGUCAUCUCCCUUGUCAACCAGGAGCAUCUACGGGGCGAUCUUUCGGGCGCUACGAUUCACAUUGCAGGCCUGAGGAGGAUGGUCGAGCUGCGCGGGGGACUCGACCAGCUCGAGCAUAAUCCCCCGCUGCUCAUGAAGAUCUGCAAGAUGGACCUGGUCUAUGCGCUCCAGUAUGGCGGACAGACGGCUUUUUUCCGAGACAACCUGGCCGAGGUCCGGCAGACGCUGCGUCGUCAGGGCUGUGCGAUGGACCGCGAGGAAGCUGCGGCCAUGGUGCGGCAUCCAGAGUCGGACCUGGGCGGUGCACUGCGUGAGGUGCUUGUUGAUGCGCUGAGCCUGGGCCACCUGUUCAAUCAGGACCGGGGCGCAGGCUCGGUUGGGCUUUUUGCGUUCCAGGAGAUUUUCCUAUCCAUUGGCUUCCGGCUCUUGCGGACAUGCCCCAUGGACGGUCCUCCUCUGGUGUCGCCACUCCGUGCGACGUGUCACACGGGUCUGCUGCUCUUUGCGAUGAGUAUUUUCCUGAGGCACGACAGUAAGAGCGUGCUCGACUGCACCUUGGCCACACAGCGUCUGAAAGACACGCUCGCUCGGACCAUCUGUGACGAGGCGAGUGAAUGGCGACUAUGGCUGAUGAUGAUGGGGGCUAUCUGGACGUUGGGCGACGAUCAAGUCGCCGCGUGGCUGCGACCCAUGCUCUCCGAGACAGCGUCCUACUUGCGCCUCACCACGUGGACCGAGGCGCGCGCCAGACUCCAGCGAUUCCCAUGGAUUAACAAGCUGCACGAUCAACCCGGACGCGAAGUAUGGGAUCAAUUGCGAGGGAAUGUGUAAUGAGGACAUAUCUACGU